GCAUGUCAAAUUUGCUCCGGCGUCCACACCACGCCCCUGCAAGUGAUCGAGCAUUUCCUCCCCCGGCCGGGACGGGGCUCAUCCACGCUCGGGGACGGGAUGGAUGUCUUCUUCCUCUAACCGUACCCACGGCCUCUUGCCAGAGAAUCAUCCCAUAUCUUCGUCCCGUCCGUCCAUAUGCAUGAUCCAUCGUCUCCUAGGCUAGGGCCGGUGAUGUUUACACGAGAGGAGGGGGAGAGGAAUUCUAGCCAGCUGCGCAUGUGAUCGUUGUCAUGCCAACCGUACCGCAAGAUUCUCCGUCCAGCCGCCAGAACCAAGAAACCCUUUUAAAGCCAAGGGAGCUCCAGCUCCCGAGUUUCCCCAAACACUUCAUCCAGGCUCCAGCCAUGGAGGCCUCGGCAGCGGUCGAGUCGUCGGCCGCCGUGUCUGUCUUCGAGGUAGUAUCCAGCAAGCAGCGGCGGCCGCCGGACACGGCGAAGCUGGUGCUGAAUAGCCCCAGCCCGCCGAGCCUGCGGGAGGAGCUCGUCGGCGUGGUCGGCAAGGCGUUCCGGCCGCGCGCCCACGCCGGGGCCGCUGCUGGCGCCGGUGGCCGCCCGCCGCCGCGCCGCGCGUGGGUCCUCACGGCGCUGCAGUGCGUGUUCCCGGUGCUGCAGUGGGGGAGGAGCUACACCCUCGAGUCCUUCAGGAGUGACGUCAUGGCCGGCCUCACUCUUGCCAGCCUUGGCAUCCCUCAGAGCAUUGGAUACGCCAAUCUAGCCAAGCUGGACCCUCAGUACGGUCUUUACACGAGCGUCGUGCCACCGCUGAUCUACGCUGUGAUGGGGACAUCGAGGGAGAUCGCCAUCGGGCCAGUCGCCGUCGUCUCGCUGCUGCUGUCCUCGAUGAUCCAGAAGGUCGUCGACCCGGCCGCCGACCCGGCGACCUACAGGUCGCUCGUCUUCACGGUGACUUUCCUCGCCGGGGUCUUCCAGGUCUCCUUCGGCCUCUUCAGGCUGGGGUUUCUCGUGGAUUUCCUGUCGCACGCUGCCAUCGUGGGGUUCAUGGGCGGGGCGGCCAUCGUGAUCGGGAUGCAGCAGCUCAAGGGGCUGCUUGGCCUCGCCCAUUUCACCAACAGCACCGAUGUUGUUUCUGUCCUCAAGGCUGUCUGCUCUGCGCUACGACAUGACCCGUGGCACCCGGGCAACUUCCUCAUCGGAUGCUCCUUCCUCAUAUUCAUCCUCACCACACGGUUCAUCGGGAGGAGGUACAAGAAGCUGUUCUGGCUGUCAGCGAUCUCGCCUCUGCUGUCGGUCAUCCUGUCCACCGCUGCGGUCUACGCGACAAGGGCUGACAGGCACGGCGUCAAGAUCAUCCAGAAGGUGCACGCGGGCCUAAACCCAAGCUCCGUGAAGCAGAUACACCUCAACGGGCCGCACACAACGGAGUGCGCCAAGAUCGCCGUCAUCUGCGCAGUCAUCGCCCUCACGGAAGCUAUCGCCGUUGGCCGAUCUUUCGCCUCCGUAAGAGGGUACAGACUCGACGGCAACAAGGAGAUGCUGGCCAUGGGGUUCUCCAACGUUGCUGGUUCUCUGUCCUCGUGCUAUGUGGCAACAGGUUCGUUCUCCCGAACGGCAGUGAACUUCAGCGCGGGGGCCAGGUCGACCGUUUCAAACAUCGUCAUGUCCAUCACCGUGUUCGUCACCCUGGAGCUGUUCAUGAAGCUCCUCUACUACACGCCCAUGGCGGUGCUCGCCUCCAUCAUCCUGUCGGCUCUUCCGGGACUGAUCGACAUCAAGGAGGCCUGCAGCAUAUGGAAGAUCGACAAGAUGGAUUUCCUCACCUGCCUCGGUGCGUUUGUUGGCGUCCUGUUUGGGUCGGUGGAGAUUGGGCUUGCAGUUGCACUUGGCAUUUCCUUCGCAAAGAUCAUCAUACAGUCGCUUCGGCCUCAGGUGGAGAUCCUUGGCAGGCUACAAGGGACAGAUAUCUUCUGCAGCGUCAGGCAGUACCCUGUAGCCUGCCUAACUCCGACUGUACUGCCUAUACGCGUCGACACAUCCUUCCUCUGCUUCAUCAACGCCACUUCCGUCAAAGAAAGGAUCACAGAGUGGGUUUGGGAAGGAGUGGAGACCUCAAAUGGAAAAGCGAGGGAGAGGAUACAAGCAGUUGUCCUUGAUAUGUCAAGUGUGGUAAACAUCGACACUUCAGGACUCACUGCACUGGAAGAAAUACACAAGGAGUUGGUGUCUCUUGGCUUACAGAUGGCUAUAGCCAGUCCGGGAUGGAAGGCAGUUCAGAAGAUGAAAGUGUCACAGGUGGUGGACAGGGUAGGACAGGACUGGAUCUUCAUGACAGUAGGUGAAGCGGUGGAGGCCUGUCUAGCUGCUCAUAAGGGCACAGCUCUCGCAUGUUGAGUAUGCGUUAAUUACUACUAUUAGUACUCCUAAGGAUAAUCCCAUAAGCGAUGCGGUUAUUUGCAUCCUAUGAAGGUGUUACUGGAAAUGCUUACGAAACAGAAAUGCAUGGUUUGCACAUGAUGGAGGCAAAAUACCUAUGGUAUGACUUGACUGGAGUGGUCGUGGCGAGAAACAAACCUGCUCUGGGAAGGACAUUCCUUGAGCUCCACAAAAACAUGUAUGGUGAUAUCUUGAUGAUGUGUAACUGUACUUAGUAAGUAAACAAGUCUUUUUGUUUUA